AUGUGCUUCCUCGCCUUCCUCCCGUCUUCAGCCGAGCUGCAGAGGAUUCACGCGGAGGCGACAAAAAAGCAGCGGCAGGAGGGUCUUGCCGCGAUCAGACGCAAAAAGGGCCGGGGUGCAGGCGGAAAAGCUCAUGCGGAUGGCGCCGAAGAAGACGGCAACGAUACCGAGGUUGCUGCUGCAGACUUCGGUGCCGCCAUCGUUGAGAACCCGGUCCUGAAGAAAGGGCCGGCGACUGAGCAUCGGCGUGGCUGGGCUCCCAAACGCAGAUUCUGGGUUGAGCUCCGCGCCGACUCCAUCUCCUUCUAUCCGUCCUCUGACAAGCUCUACGAGCCACUCGGCAGCGUUGGCUUUGACGAUUUUGAAGAGCUCUCCCCCGUUGACUGGCGUAAAGCGACGCGGGUCACCUUCCGCGCCGCCGGCAAGGAACGCGAACUCGAGUUCUCGACGGAAGAAGCGGCGCUCGGGUGGAGGCGCGAGAUAGAGGCAGCGCUUUGGAAGUUCCGGCACACUGCCGAGAAAAUCCACGUCGACAUUCCGCUGGCGCGCAUCCGCACCAUCGAGCACCAUUCUUUCCUCAGCUUUGCCGCUUGCGUGCAGGUGUUGGUGCAAGAUGACAAGGUAACAGAGGACGACGAUGGGAGCGAAAAUGUGAGCAGCGUCACGGAGAUCACGUUCGGUAUGACCAACGCGCAGGCGUUCUUCGAGGACACUAUCGAAGCGGCAGCCUGCCGCACAGCAGCGUGGCGCGAGCGAAUCGGAUGGGAUCGGACCCUUGUCGCAACGCCGCGGCCGAUCAUUUCGGUGGACGGUCCCACGACCAAGGAGGCGGCGGAGGAUCAUGCCCCCUCGGACGACGAAGAAGAGCUGCACCUGGAGAAUGCAGACGAGAUGACCGCGCAGAAGGCCGGACGCUUCAUUCUCUUCCGCGUUGCGCUUGUGCGCACCGUACCCGCUGUUGGCUCCAUGAGCGUCAACGCAGAUCACGUAUGCUUCUGGCGUCGUACAGUUGGGUCUUUGGCAGACACCAAGCUGCGCGUUCCUGUCUCCGACCUUGUGCAAGUGGAAACGAGCAAAGCGUUCCGAUGGCAUCACUUUGGCCUCACCCUGCACAUUAAAGGACAUGCCGAUUUGUUCUUCGAGCUAAACUCGGAGCAUGAACGAGACGACGCUCUGCGCACGAUCGAGAAGGCCAUGGCAGAUGCGAAAGACGGUCACGCAUAUCCAGACACCGAGGGCAAGCUCGCGUCUUCCAAGGCAAAAGAUGCCGUGGUCAUGGAUCAAGAAGCAGUAGCCGUUGGCCCGGUCGUUUCACACGACUCUGUCAACUUCCUGCCCAAGCUUGUCAAUCCAAGCGCGGGUCAGGCCCCUCGCCUUGCACCCAUGCGCAUCUGCAUCCCCGUCAUCGGCUCGCGUGGAGACAUUCAGCCAUUCAUUGCAUUGUCAAAAGGCCUGACAGCCCAUGGCCACUCGGUAUGCAUCGUCUCGCACCCAGAGUACGAAGGCUGGGUGUCCAAGCACGGUAUCGAUUUUCGAUUGGCGGGUGGCGACCCAGGUGCCUUGAUGAAGCUCGCGGUCGAGCACAGACUGUUCAGUCCGGCGUUCUUCAAGGAGAGUGUGAGUAAAUUCCGUGCCUGGCUCGACGAGCUCUUGCGCGAAGUGUUCGAAGGCUGCUACGAUGCGGAUGCUAUCAUCGAGGCGCCGCAGACCAUGGCUGGCAUUCAUAUCGCAGAACGCUUGGGUAUUCCGUACUUCCGGGCUUUUACAAUGCCAUGGACCAGGACGAAUGCCUAUCCGCAGGCGUUCUCAGUCCCGCCGGUCGAUAUGGGCACCUCGUACAAUUCCCUCAGCUACACGAUUUUCGAUCAAGUCUUUUGGCGAGCGACUUCAAGUCAGGUGAACCGCUGGCGAAAACAUAUGCUAGGACUCAAGUCGACUGAUUUUGCAAAGCUUGACCAAGACAGUGUUCCUUUCCUGUACAACUUCAGCGGGGCCGUAGUACCCAUUCCAAACGAUUGGGACGACCAUGUCUGCGUCAGUGGAUACUGGUUCUUGGACACGCUGCAGAAUGAAUGGGAAGCGCCACUGGAGCUGAUCGACUUCCUUGAGAAGGCAAAGGCGGAUGGAAAGAAGAUAGUCUACUGCGGGUUUGGAUCCAUCGUCGUGGACGACCCUGCAGGGCUCUCUCAGAGUCUUUACGAAGCCGUCGUAAAAGCAGAUGUCAGAGCGAUCAUCGCCAAGGGCUGGUCCGGCCGCAUGUCUGAGAAGAAGGGCAAAGAGGAUGGGGAAGACAGCGUCAAGCCCCCAGAAGAGUGCUUCGUAGUGGACUCUAUUCCCCAUGACUGGCUUUUCCCCAGGAUCGACAUUGCCUUCCAUCAUGGCGGGGCAGGUACCACGGGUGCUUCAAUUCGUGCCGGCUUGGUCACGCUCAUAAAGCCAUUCUUUGGUGACCAGUUCUUUUGGGCCCAAAGGGUACACAAGCUAGGCGCAGGACUCAGAGUCGCUUCCUUGGAUACCAGCGACAUCUGCUCCGCUUUGAAGAAGGCUGCCAAAAGCCAAAUCAUGAUAGAGAAGGCAUCACAGGUAGGAGAGCGCAUACGCGCAGAACAUGGGGUGGAGACAGCGAUCUCCUUCGUGAGUGGCAGCUGA